AUGCAUCAUCUCGAUUUAGGAUUAUUUAAUUAUCAAGUGACCUAUACAAGGGUGUUGUUAAAAAAAUUGUGUGGUCAAAUAGCGGUUGACGAACUUGAUAAUCAUUUAGCUAAAAUCCUACGAUUUCCUGGCCUUAAGAUAUUCAAAAAUAGCCUGGAAAAUAUUAAGCGGUUUAUUGCCAAUGAAUUUCGGAAUAUGAUAAAGAAUCUAAUUAAACAAUGGGCAAAAAGCUUCAUAAAACUAUUUAAAGAAUAUUCUCUAUCAGAACUUCAAUUACCAAAGCUGCAUAAUUGGUGCUAUCAUAUCAUUAAGACAAUUAGAGAAUAUGGAGCAAUUAACAGCGGGGAUUACAUUAGAGCAAAAAGCUUGUAUUAUAACGAACUGUCAUUUAGUGAUGUGUCAAUCAGCAUGAGCGAGGAAGAGUCUGAAGAUUAUAAUACAGCCGAAGGUGGUGCAUAUUUUAGCAAGGUUCUUAUGUUGAUUAACGUUAAAAUUAUUGAAAAAGAUUUGUUGUUUGAUCUUGCUUUUGUACAAUGGUACGAUUUUUGUAAUUCAAGACAAUUAUACAAAUAUGAUUGUCUUUGGUUGAAGAUUAUAAACACGUAUAACUUUGUGCCUAUAGAAUCAAUUAUAGAAUUGGUACAAGUAGUUCAACAUGCCAAACAACAAAAUGAAUAUUUUGUUAAUACAUUUAUGUUUUAA